AUGAACAAAAAAACAAUAGAAUUAAAUACAAGGAUAUAUGCCACAGUUAAAGAAGUUAAGCAAAUGAUUCAGGAUAAAGAAGGCAUCCCCUCUGACCAACAACAUCUUGUUUUUAAUAAAGAAUUGUAUGAUGACCAUUUCUUGGCACGUUAUAGUAUCAGGCACGAUUCUACAUUGUAUCUAGAAUAUGAAGCAAUAAUGAUCUAUGUAAAAUUAAUGGAUGAAACAAUCAUAAAAUUGGAUGUCAAUAGAAGUUACACCAUCGAACAGGUUAUUCGUAUGAUCCAAGAUAAAGAAGGCAUUCCCUCUCAUCAAAUAACAUAUUUUACUAUUAAUAACGGAAUUAUGCAUCGUUAUGAUAUCACAUCUCAAUACAACACACUUAAAACCUUAGCAAAUUAUGGGAUUAGGAAUGAAUCUACACUUAAACUAUUUCAUUAUAAUCAAUUUUCUGGUUCUUUGUAUGUGAAAACACUACCCGAAAAAACGAUAACUGUGCAAGUAGAUUCGAAUGAUACCAUUGAACAAGUUAAACAAAAGAUCCAGGACAAAGAAGGAAUUUCUCCUGAUCAACAAUGCCUCUUUUUUGCUGGCAAGCGAUUAGUAAAUAGGUGUACCUUAUCAGAUUAUUUCAUCCCAAAGGAGGCUACUGUUCAUCUUGUAAUUAAAAUCAGUACUGACAAAGAAUCACCUGGUGCUGGCAUUAUAUUUGUGAAAACAUUAACGGGAAAGACAAUAAGUUUUGAUUUAGAAUUUGAUGACACCAUUGAAGAACUUAAACAAAAGAUUGUGGACAAGGAAGGAAUCCCUCCUGAUCAACAACACCUUGUUUUUGCUGGCAAGCAAUUAGAAGAUGGGAAAACUUUUGCAGACUAUAAUCUUCAAAGGGGGUCUACUCUUCAUCUUGUGCUUAGAUUACGUGGUGGAAUGCUUCAGGAAACCAGUGGUCGCAUAGAAUUUGACGCACUGCCACCACUCACUCAAUAUACUCUAACGCCUGAAGAACGUUUACAAAAUGGAAUUCAUGCUGGUAUUGCCUGUAAUUAUUGUGGUGAACGUGAAUGGAAAGGGACAAGAUAUAAAUGUUCUGAAUGUUCUGAUUAUGACUUGUGCAUUGAUUGUAUCACAAUGUCCGACCUAAUUCAUAACGCGCAACAUUCUUUUCUGAAAAUAUUGAAACCCUUAGACCCAAAGAAUGUUUCAAAAGAUACUUCUAUUGCUUAUGUUACCCCAAUACUACCAGACACGAAAGAGAAAUUAUUAGCUCUGCUACGCGAAGAAGAACGGCGAAGAUUUUCACCUGAAAUUCAAAAAAAAUAUUAUGAUGUUGGGAGCGAUCCUACAAGUGGAAAGGAUUGGAUGGAUGUUACAGAUCAGAUGCAGCAUGAGUUGGUUCGAGAAUUCGGAUAUUCAGAUGAAGCAGUACAAAUGUUACGGCGUGCACCACAACUUUAUCCAGAUGAUCCUGAAUUUCGUACAACUCAAGUAUAUGUUCGCAAUAAUGUUGCCAACAUUGGAAAUCUCACUGAAGGAAUGUUAGCACCUGAUUGUCCAUUAGUUCCAUUAGAUUCUUCAAUUUUUACGUCAAUAAUUGAUCACAGUAAAAAUUUGGUUCAUUUACCGGAUGUAGAUUUUUAUUUGAUUCAAAUUAAAGAAGCACAUGCUUCUGAUGUUUGGCCUAUUGGCAACAUUGUCGAUGUCAAGGAGCAUCACACAUUAUCUGACCGUUUGGCUGCUGCACGUGAGAUGGCAACAAAAACCAAAUUGGAAAUUCCUGUACUAGCAGACACAAUGAAUGAUACUUUCUUAAAAUUAUAUUCACCAUGGCCAUUCCGAUUUUUUAUAGUUGUUGAUGGAAUUUUAAAACUUGUUGGAAUGCCAAAAGAUGCGCGUUAUGAUACAACAGAUCUAGUUGAGUGCUUAGAUGAUCUUUUACGCAACAAUAAAGACUAA